AGCCCAAUUGAUGGAAUUACUGAACUGGAAGAGUCAACUUUAACACUGGAUUAAUUUGUGUGCGGGAAUAUAAAUCAGAAAGUCAGAGUUGGUGUUUUAUCAUUCCACAUUUAUUUCAUUUUUAACAUUUUUAUACAGCUUUACUUUUGAGUUUAUAACGGUCUCUGAACCCGGGACAGAUCUGGUCUUUACGCACAGUUUGCGCCAUGGCGAACCCAUGUCUCCAAUUGACCGCCUGUCUCCUCAGCUGCCUCGGCUGGCUGUGCAUCGUGAUCGCGACAGCCACCAAUGACUGGGUGUAUAUGUGUAAAUACGGGGUGAACACCUGCAAAAAGAUGGAUGAGCUGGAAGCCAAGGGUCCCUGGGCGGACUGUGUCCUUUCCACAGGACAAUACCACUGCAUAGUGCUAACGCAGAUUAUGGACCUGCCAGCCCACAUCCAGGUAACUCGUGCCUUGAUGGUCACAGCUUCGAUCCUGGGUCUCCCAGCAGUUGGGAUACUCCUCAUGUCCAUGCCCUGCAUCAACCUGGGCAGCGAACCACAGAGCUCCAAGAACAAACGCACCAUCCUGGGAGGAGUCCUUAUACUCAUAAUUGCAAUGUGUAGUAUGGUGUCUACAGUGUGGUUUCCCACCGGGGCCCACCAUCUGUAUGGCCUGAUGUCGUUUGGCUUCUCCCUCUACAUUGGCUGGGUUGGCACCAUCUUCACCCUAUUGGGUGGGUGUAUUCUCACCUGUUGCUCCUCAGAGCCUUCUUCCUCAUCCCGCUCCUACCACGACAACAAGCGCUUCUACAGCUCCAAACCGGGAGGUGACAGUCUGGCAGCCACUACUUCUGCCAAUCACGCAAAGAGUGCCCAUGUCUGACAUGGAACAGAUUCUGAAUCCCAAGUGGAUGUGUAGUGGACUGUAUGUAUAUAGGGAGAGAUACACACAAGCACACAUACUCACAAACAUAUAUGUUCACAUACAACUACAGUUACAUGAAACCUUUAAUGGAAGAGGCAGAGACAGAUGUGCGCAAUCAUCCAUGUUGGUUUAUGUGCAGGAAAAUACACACAUUCUUGAAUGAGAAAACAAACAGUUCACACAUCCAAACACACAAAGGCUGUUUUUGUUGGAGCUCCUUUUUAUCCAAUGGAUUGUUUUUAUAUCGCAGAGCUCAUCUUCCAGCCUACUCAUGUUGGGUGUGGUAUGGACUCACCCCGUUUUUACAUACAGUACAGCUCCUGAGUAACUGCCUGCACUGCAGCCUGAGGUCCUAAUCACCACAGGCUUGUGGACUGAGAUAUUGAUCUUUUAUAUUACUUAUAUUUUUCUAUGCAAAUGCUCAUAGAGAUUACGAGUGCCUUUGUUAAAAAAUGUUUUUUUAAAAUCAUAUGAAAUAAUGAUUUGUUAUUUUAAUAAGAGCAGGGUAUGAAAGUGUUACAUUUGGAAAUGAAAAUGGGUUCACUAACAUUGUUUGUGUACAUUGAUUUUUUUCUUUGACUGUAUUGUAUAACCCUCCAGUGCAUUUGCCUCUUGAGUGAUAGAUUUGAUUAUAGAACGUAGCCACUGCAGGAUGGGGACAUACAUUUCACAGGAAAGCUCUAGCCAGCAGUGUUAUAGACUGUAUUAACACCAAAUGGUGCACUCUAUCAUUUGUGGCAGAAAGUUAUAUCUUGUGGCAUGGGUGCGCUCCUCUGGAGUCAUGGUAUGUGCACUGACUUGGCAAAACGAAUGAAUUAUACAAAAACAUUUCUCUGUGACUAAUAUGCUUCUAUCUUAAGUUUGAAUUACAAAUGAGUGAUUAAAGAAAAGCAGUUAAUCAUGUAACUGUGGAAUUAUACAUUUCCAUUUAACAUCUUCACAUGGAAUAAUUCUUAAACAGAUCUGUAGCUUAGUGUGUACAAAAAAAUCAGUGUUAUGUAGAUUAGCUUGUCUUUAAGGAAAGUGAGGACUUGAAUGCUCAAUAUCUAAAAAAAUGCUCUGAACACAGACAAUCUGAUACAAUAUUAUCCAACCAGAUGGAAUCUGAUAUUUUCCACUCAGAUCCUUGUGGAAGCAAUGUUAGCUAUGAUUAUUUA